AUGGUAAAGCAGCCAGAAGAUGACAUAGGAUUCCCUCAACUGGAGGAACUGGUGGUUGUGGGCUCCCUUGGUGAUGCUAUUAAACCUAAUCCUUCUCCUCUCCAAGGAGAAGUCUGGGAGUCGAAACCGGUUGUCAAGCCAGUCCCGUUCCGCGCUCCCCUGCCUUUCUUUUCUUUCUCUUUCAACGUGACAGAUGCCGCUGUGUCCUUCGCCAAGGACUUCUUCGCAGGUGGAGUGGCCGCGGCCAUCUCCAAGGCGGCUGUAGCGCCCAUCGAGCGGGUCAAGCUGCUGCUGCAGGUGCAGCAUGCCAGCAAGAAAAUCACGGCAGAUAAGCAAUACAAGGGCAUUAUAGACUGUGUGGUUCGUAUCCCCAAGGAACAGGGAGUCCUGUCCUUCUGGCGUGGUAACCUGGCCAAUGUCAUCAGAUACUUCCCCACCCAGGCUCUCAACUUUGCCUUCAAAGAUAAAUACAAGCAGAUCUUUUUGGGUGGUGUGGAUAAGAGGACCCAGUUUUGGCACUACUUUGCAGGGAACCUGGCAUCAGGUGGUGCCACUGGGGCCACAUCUCUGUGCUUUGUGUACCCCCUUGAUUUUGCCCGUACCCAUCUAGCAGCUGAUGUGGGCAAAGCUGGAGCUGAAAGGGAAUUCAAAGGCCUUGGUGAGUGCCUGGUUAAGAUCUACAAAUCUGAUGGGAUUAGGGGCCUGUACCAAGGCUUUAAUGUGUCAGUCCAGGGCAUUAUCAUCUACCGAGCUGCCUACUUUGGCAUCUAUGACACUGCAAAGGGAAUGCUUCCAGAUCCCAAGAACACUCACAUCUUCAUCAGCUGGAUGAUUGCACAGUCUGUCACGGCUGUCGCUGGCUUGACUUCCUAUCCCUUUGACACGAUUCGCCGUCGUAUGAUGAUGCAGUCAGGACGCAAAGGAACUGACAUCUUGUACACAGGCACGAUCGACUGCUGGAGGAAGAUUGCUCGUGACGAAGGAAGCAAGGCCUUUUUCAAGGGUGCAUGGUCCAACGUUCUCAGGGGCAUGGGUGGUGGCUUUGUGCUUGUCUUAUAUGAUGAGAUCAAGAAGUACACAUAA